AACAUCCCCUGCACUCGGUUCCUUUAUAACUUAAGGCUCCAGUGUGCCGCGCAGUGUGCACAAAUUCAUAAACCCGCCAGCUGAGUUGGUGGUUUCGGAAUCCCGAGACUUGAAACCAGGCGGGAAGACCCUUCUCACCCUCCAAAGAUGACAGCCCGCAGACAGUUAACUUCUGUUUACAUGGAACUCAGACAUCUUCUGCAAAUCAUGGUCGAAGGCUGUGAACGCGGCGGGGGGAACCUUGAGUGGGCGGAACGCGAGUGCAGCGGUGGGAGGCUUCCGGGGGAGCUGCACGGGCGACGGGUCGGCGGAGGCAGAAAAGCGCCGGACGCCGGGCUGAUCAUGGACGCUUGACAACCUGCGGGCAAGCGCCGGGAGGCCGAGCCAGCGACUCAGAGGACCGAGAGGUGGCGAGGACAGAUUUCAAGGCCAGAGAAUGGCAGGGGAACAGAAACCCUCAAGUAACCUCCUGGAGCAGUUUAUUUUACUAGCCAAAGGUACCAGUGGCUCAGCCCUCACUGCUCUCAUAAGCCAGGUCUUAGAGGCCCCUGGAGUGUAUGUCUUUGGAGAACUUCUGGAGCUGGCCAAUGUGCAGGAGCUUGCAGAAGGCGCUAAUGCUGCUUAUUUGCAGUUGUUGAACCUGUUUGCCUAUGGGACAUACCCAGAUUACAUAGCCAACAAGGAGAGCCUGCCAGAACUGAGCACAGCUCAGCAGAACAAGCUGAAGCAUCUUACCAUCGUGAGCUUGGCAUCAAGAAUGAAGUGUAUCCCCUACUCCGUGUUGCUGAAAGACCUGGAGAUGCGGAAUCUCCGGGAACUAGAAGACCUCAUCAUUGAGGCUGUCUACACUGACAUCAUCCAGGGCAAGCUGGACCAGCGAAACCAGCUGCUGGAAGUGGAUUUCUGCAUUGGCCGUGACAUCCGAAAGAAGGAUAUCAAUAAUAUUGUCAAGACCCUGCAUGAAUGGUGUGACGGCUGUGAAGCAGUUCUGCUGGGCAUUGAGCAGCAAGUUCUGAGAGCCAACCAGUACAAAGAGAAUCACAACCGAACUCAGCAGCAGAUAGAAGCAGAGGUAACCAACAUCAAGAAGACACUCAAAGCCACCGCAUCCUCUUCUGCUCAGGAGAUGGAGCAGCAGCUGGCUGAACGGGAGUGUCCCCCUCACGCUGAGCAGAGGCAGCCCACCAAGAAGAUGUCCAAAGUGAAAGGUCUGGUCUCCAGCCGCCACUAGGGCCGGCUGGGGCAGCUGGCACUCACCAGGCCUGGGUCAGGUGGGGAGGGGACACCAAGGGCCCAUUUCCUGCCCUCUCUACCUGCAGUGAGUUCCAGACCUGCCCGUCCCCUCACCAGCGCCUCCCCACCCUCUUGGUACUGUUCCAGAAAAACUGUUAAUCCCCCUCACCCACUCCCUCCUCCCCCAGUUGUUCCUUCAGACUCAGGGGCUCCGCCAAUGCCAUCCCAACAGGGUCAGACACUGCCCAGCUUCCCUCCAGGAGGUUCUUGUCUCUGUGUAAGGGCUUGUCUCCCUCCCAGUUUUUCUUUUGCUCCAUGUCGUUUUGUCAGGCUGGUUACAAGCUGGAGGCAGCUUUAACCAGCCCCUAGGGAUGACUGUGAAGGAGGCACCUCCCCUUGUGAGGAGGGGGCGUUCCUCUCCAGCCCCUCAUACCGCAGUCCCCAUGAUGGUGCAGCGAUCUCUAGCCAGGCGUUAAGAUGCUCUGUUUUCCCUUUUCUGCCUCAUUUCUUGUUGGCAGCUCCAGUUCAGGCCAUGGAGGGACGUGAUGCUGGGCUAUGUUUACUAAACCCACGGGUUUUCAGCCUCUUAAGCCCAGCUUCGAUCUCUGAUUAAUUGAGAGUGCUGGGUUGACUAACCUCUGGUAUCUGAGCACAGACAGAGGGUGCUGUGGGUCUGCUGGGUGGCAGAAGUGGUUCCUUCCGGCUUGGUGUUCUCUUCUGGCCACUCUUCCUGCUGCCUGUGACUACUUAGCCUUGUAUUUGGUGUGUAGACCCCAGCUGCCCAUUGGGGCUGCCGGCUAAUGCUUGCUCUCUCCUGAGAUCUUUAACUCCUCCUGGCUCCACCUGGGUAGGGAUGGUGGCACCGAUGCCCCUCUGUCUGCUGAAGGACCUGUUGCUGCUUCCGUCUAUCUUUCCAACCCUCCUUGGUGAUGACCCAGAGCCCUCUGAUGAUGGCAUUCUCCUGGCAAGAGAAAAGGACUUAACUAGACUUCUGAACUUGAACAGUUUCAGGUUAUAUUUUAAUUUUUUUUUUUUGUACAGGUUCUGAUUCUAAUACAUUUCAACAUGCUUUUGUUCCCCCUCGUGUCAAUAUUUGUUAUAGACUAAUCGCCGGGGAUUUUUCACCUGAUCGGAGGGCUGUGUGUGUGUGUGUUGUUUAAAGGGAAGUGGGGUGUGUGUGUGUGUGUGUGUGUGUGUGUUGUCUAAGGGGAAGUGGAGGUCCUGGACUGAUAUUAAAGUUCAUUGAGGAAAAAGCACAUUUUACAAAAAAAUAAAAGUGUGAUUUAAUGUAUGUGACUGUGGGGUGUGGGGUUGCAUACCUGCUAGAUCUUGAGGGGCUGGGAUUAGGGUGGUUCAGGAAAAUGUGAUGAUGUUUCACCAUGUUCAGCCAUGGUCAAAAAAUGGAUUUCUCCUUUUUCUAAAAUGUCCAGCAGCUGCCUACUGUUGAUUGAAUGUUGAAGUAUUCUCAUUUCCCCUUUAAGCCAGUCCAUGUGCUCACAUAACAUUAUGCCCAAGUGGAGAGUUCACUUUAAUUUCCAAAGUAUGUUUCAUGAAACCCCCUGUCAGAUGCUCUGUGGAAAAGGGUUCUGUUAUUAAAUAAAUGUGGCACUCCCUGCA